UUCCGGAAAGGGCGGGUGUGUCUGCUUUUCACACACUCUCUCUGCUGCGAUUAGCUUCCAGUAUGAGGCGGAGCCUCGUUCUCUUCGGCUCUUCGUCGGUGACGAUAAUGGGAGCCACGUUAAAAAAAAAAGUUCAUUUUCACAGGAUGAAUUCGCAAUUGCUCCUAUUCCUGCUGGUCGUGUUUCUUCUGGAUGAAAGCACCUGCGCGGCUGAGAAAAAGCGAGGCCCGAAGGUAACAGCGAAGGUAUUCCUCGAUAUUCAAAUUGGUGAUAAAGAUGCUGGAAGGAUUGUCAUUGGUUUAUUUGGUAAAGUUGUUCCGUUGACAGUUGAAAACUUUAUCAUUCUUGCGACAGGUGAGAGAGGCUAUGGCUACAAAGGCAGCACAUUUCAUCGUGUUAUCAAGGAUUUCUUGAUACAGGGUGGAGAUAUUACUUCAGGAGAUGGAAAUGGAGGAAUAAGCAUCUAUGGAGAGAAUUUUCCAGAUGAAAACUUCAAGCUGAAACACUAUGGAAUUGGAUGGGUCAGCAUGGCCAAUGCAGGACCAGAUACUAACAGCUCCCAGUUUUUUAUUUCAUUGACAAAACCAAAGUGGCUAGAUGGAAAACAUGUGGUGUUUGGCAAAGUCAUAUCUGGAAUGUCUGUGGUACACAUGAUAGAACUCCAGGAAACAAACAAUGAAAAUCAACCUUACCAAAACUGUGUGAUAGUAAAUAGCGGCAAGAUAGAUGUUCAAGAACCUUUUGUGGUUGAAAUAAAUGAAGACGAGUAACUGGAUAGCACACCAGUGUCUCUCAGGUAUAAGGAUGGCAGUUUCUAGUUAUAUUUUUUAUGUUAGUGAAAUACCAAAGCAUUAUUCUACUCUUCUCUCUGCCUUCUUGAUCAAAAAAUGACUUGUACAUUUAGAAAGUUAUCGUACAAUACAGCAGUUCAGAAAUAGUUCUGCGGAGCAUCUCUUCCUCUGUAAGUAACUUAUCUACCUGAGUGUGGAGUUGGGAGGAGAAAAAGUGCUCCUUUGACAAUAUGUUAAAGGAAUCAUUUGGCUCCACUCUUCCUGCAACCCCCUCCCUAAUCGCCACCACUCUCUGACCUGAACCCUGGUCCCAGUCCACUUAACUGAGGGAUGAUGCAGUACCAGCAGUGGAACAACCAUUGAUUCCUCUUCCCCUGUGGGUAUUCAUCACCUCUUGGCUCCAUUAAAAUUAGGUCUGAGGCCCAAUAUCAGGGCAAUCUUGACCUCACCCUUCAGAUGCAGGAAACGCAUAAAUGGGGACUGCCCAAAUUUCUAGGCCUAUGCUUUUAGUACAACUAUGAAACCGCUGAAAUAUUCGCUAUUGUUAGCAGUUUUAUGCAAUGCUAUUCACUUUGUUCCAGUUAAACUUUUAUGAAAAUAUGUUUCACAAAACCAAGUGUGCCUCUUGUAAAGCAUCAAGUUUGUUAAAGUUACAUUUGCAACACAUCAGAUCAUUUAUAAUGAUAAAAUGUUUGUUCUCAGCCAACAUUGCAAUAUUUACUUAACUGUUUUACUCAAAACUAUCAUUUGAGUGGAAACAUCCAUGGUGCAUUUGACCUGAGAUAAACCUAACACUGAGGAAAUUAAACAUUUGUCAUCAAUGUUAAACGUUUCAAUUUGUUAAUGUCUGAAAACAUGCAUGUGUAAGCAUGAGUUUCAAAGUGUAAUGUUAGUCAAGUGUAAAUAACUUUUCCAUCUUUGAUUUGUGAUGAAUUACUUGCUGAAGUUGGAUUGAAUUUUGUUGUCCAUGUUAGCUCUUUGCUGUGAUGAUUCCUGACAAAAACUGAUGUAUCAUUUUCUGAAUGAUAACAGAAGCCUAUUUUGAAUAAAGAAUAUGCAGUUGU